CAAGUCCACUUCAAUGUAAAACCCCCCGUCACACAUUAACCGGACAAAAAGACGUCGGGUGUGCUGUUUUGGGGGCUUUUCUUGAUUUCUUUCUUUUUGUGGUUGUUGUCAUUUUCACGGAAUAAGGCGACGCAGGAGAGCUCCCAGUCGCUAAGGCGACCAUGAGUAGCUCAGAAGACAGCGGGAGCAAAGGCUCGACGGGGCCCCUUUCCAGCUUCACCAUCCGCUCCAUUCUAGGCACGCCAUCCGAAGCGAGCCCGACACCGCUCGCGCUUCAGCACGCGCCGCCUGCGCUGCCGCCGCAUCCGGGUGCGAAGGAGCUUGCCGGGGCACUUGCAACGGCGCGGAGGAGGACGCUGUCCGUGUCAUCCGAGGAAGAGUGCAGCGGCGGGGAGGACUCGGCCGACUGCUUCUGUUCCGAGCCGGCCCGCGGACACGCGUGUGGCCAGAACCGCACGCAGAACGCCUUCUCCUACUUAGGUCCUGCCAAAGGGCUCUUAUCAACAAACGAUGGCCUGUCGAGGCGGCCGCCCCUGCUGCAUGACUACAACAAGGAGGAGGAGCAGGAGCGAGCCAUGCUGUCCCCCCUGUCCGAGGAGAGGCAGUCAGACACAGGCGACAAGCACCCCCAGGGCUCGUCGGCCAAGAAGAAGACGCGCACAGUCUUCUCCCGCAGCCAAGUGUACCAACUAGAGUCCACAUUUGACAUGAAGCGGUACCUGAGCAGCUCAGAGCGCGCCUGCCUGGCAUCCAGUCUGCAGCUGACCGAAACGCAGGUCAAAACGUGGUUUCAGAACCGCAGGAAUAAAUGGAAGCGACAGCUCUCGGCUGAGCUGGAGGCGGCCAACAUGGCGCAUGCCUCGGCACAGACUCUGGUAGGCAUGCCGCUGGUUUUCCGGGAGAACUCCGUUCUGCGCUUCCCAGUGCCCCGCUCCAUUGCCUUCCCCACACCCCUCUACUAUCCUGGCAGCAAUCUGCCAGCCCUGCCUUUGUACAACCUGUACAAUAAGGUCGACUACUAAUGUGGAAGCACAGCUUCUUGUUCCUCCCACCUCGCAGGGGUGUCCAAACAUUGGCCACCGAGGGACACUUUGACUUUCAUUUUCUAAACAAUUUAAAGCCUUUUUUUUUUUUUUUUUAAGUAUAAAUAAUGUGUCAAAGUUAUUUUGAAUUGUAUGUAUACUGUGGUCUUCUAAAUAAUGGAUGCAAAUGUCACCCGGGCCAUAGUUUGGACACCCCUGCUAUAGUCUGUAUAUUAUUUGUAUGAGGGGGGCCUUCAUAUGCAGCAAGUCUCACAAGAAGGCAACAAAGCUUCCCUGUACUGUAUUAAAUACACCAUGUGUAUUAAUAUUCUAAUAAUUUUCUACAUUUUUUUUCUUCCUACCCUUCCCAUAUUACAUUAAAAAAAAAUUCCUUUUAUUCCUUCGCUAUGAUUUUUAACAAUUAAAAACUAGUGUUGCACCGAUACUAGUAUCGGAAGGGGCCCCGAUAUGGCAAAAAACAGGCAUCAGUAUCGACUAAUACUAAGAAAUAACGUGCCGAUGCUGCUCAAUAUGUAUUCUUUUGAGAUUUAGUUUCCAACAAGGUUAGAUCUACCAGGGUCGCCCUUCCCAACAUGGCUGCCAGUCACAAACGCGCCACGGAAUCAGAAGGUGAAGAAAAAGCAGAAGAAGAAGAGAAGGAAAAAUAAGUGAAGUAGUUUUUAGCCUAGGAGAGCUAUUAUUCUGGUGUUGUUGAAUGUGCUCAGUUAGCUGUCAUAUUUUCAAUGUAUAUGUUAAAUGGUAAUAGCCAGUGACAUUAACAUGAGCAUCUAUAAAAAAGAGCGUAACCAGACGAAGUGUAUUAACUUUGUUACAAGGAGGGAAAACUGGAAGAAGUAGGCUAGUGACCUCUGCUAGCAUAAAUGUUUAGCACAUGAACUAAGCUGUGGUGCUGAUGUGGUGAAAUGGCACUGACUAUAUACUUAUCCGUUCCUUAAGUUUGAUACCAAAUUCAAAGAACCUCAAGAAAUUGGCCUAUGAAAGCAUUUAAAUCCCAGGGUUUUAGGGUUCAAAGGUUCAAAAAAGCAAAGGUUAUUAAGCAGUGUCUGACCAAGCCAAGAUAGCAAUAUUUUGACAUUCAUGUGAGUAUGCACUAAUUUAGUAUUAAAACGGAAAAAAAAAAAGUUUUGUAUGAUUUAAAAAAAAAAAAAAAAUCGGUUCGGUAUCGGCAGAUACCACACAGCCAGGUAGCGGAAUCUGUAUCGUGAGCCAAAAAAUGGUACCGGUGCAACACUGUUAAAAACACAAUUCCAUUUUUAAAGAACAAAAAUGUCAUUGUUUUUAUUGUCACUUAGCACUUCAGGAAAUAACUUCAUUCAAUAAAUUUUCUAUUGAACUCAAAAUGGGUAUUACUUGUUUUAUAUUUAGUGCAGUUCUUAAAACGUCAAAAUUACAAUGACAGCAAACGGCACUUUAGAGACAAACAUCAGAGGUUGGGAAAAGUUACCUUCCAGAAUAUUGAAAGUUUAAAAAAAACAUUUUUUUUAUCAA